AUGCCGAGAACAGGUCGACAAACCGGAUUGAUAAGCGGAUCGCAGCCUAAGACACGAAGCGUAAGAUUAACCAAACCAACUCGGAUGGGAAAUUCACGUGCGGUGCAUCACAAAGCGGUAUGCUAUGAUGUUUUACCAGAAAUUCGAAGCGUUCGGGAGGGAAGAAUCCGUUUCGGCAGUGUUGCUCCCUUACUGUCACAUCGAGCUAAAGUUCUUGCUAUGAAGGGCCAUUACAAUGAUUACUCAGAUGACGAGGAAGAUGAUAGUGAUGAGGAUAGUUUCACGGAAGAUGAUUAUGAUGAUGUACUUCAUUAUUACGAUCGUCAUCAUCAAUCUUAUGAUCGUCAUCGUGUUCCUAUUCAUGUUAAGAAAGAUUAUGAUGAGUACGAAGAUGAAUUGAUUCCAUCAUCAUCAUUAUCAUCAUAUCCGAUUUCUACUUCGGAACUAUUUCGUCGACGACCUCAGCCAAAAUCAUACAAAACACAUAAAUCCGCCACCACAAAUUCGGUUGCAAUUAAAUCUGCUAAAACUAAACUCAAAAAAACUACUACUCGCUGUAAUCCCAAAAAUAAAAAUAAAAAAACAAAAACAACACUUGGAGGAGCAUUACGUUCCGGUCCAAUAACACGAUCACGGUAA